CAGCCAAUCAUUUGUGAAAACCUUGAGGAACCAGAGCUCAGUAAGUAGAAGUAACCGGUAGUUUAGUCAUGGACACAGAGCUCCAGCUAUAAACCCUAACGCCAACCUCACUGAGCCCACAGGGAAGGGACUUUGCUGGGCAGCAGGCUUCCAACAGCAAGCUUCUGGAUUCUGAAGCUCCGGAGAUCUAACCACAUGAUAGAGUCUGUCCAUCUUCCCUCACCUCUGUCACUACCCAUUAUCUACAACAGCCUCAAUACUGACCCAGAAAGAGGGAGGAGAGGACAGAAAAGGGACAGCGAGAGAGCAAGUCAGAAGAGAGGUGAUUGUUGGGGCGGAGUGUUCUGGAGACAGCCAGGAAGAGGAGUAGUGAACGUCCCACUUCUUCCAGAUCCAACUCUCCAUCUAACAAGAAGCCCAGAGGAAGUCCAGGAGUCAUCCAGCCAGCCAGUAGAAGUACACUAUGCAGGGUGUGGUGGGGGUGAGGCAGGGAGUGUCGUGGAGCCUGUGUGCCCUGCUCUGCCUCUCUUUCUUGGAGCAGAGCCAGUGCAGGGGCUCCAGACAGGCUAGAGAAACCAAGGAAUAUCCCCUGCUCAGGGCCAAACGAACUCCCACAGAUGUCAAGAAGUGCUCCUACACCUUUCUGAUUCCCCAGCAGAAGAUCACAGGCCCCAUCUGUGCCAGUGCAACGGGCCCCGAGCCGGACAAGGAGCGUGUGACACGGAUGGACAUAGCUGACGUAAGAGAGGUGCUGUUCAAGCAGAGACGGGAGAUUGAGACUCUGCAGCUGGUGGUGGACGUGGACGGCAACAUGGUGAACGAGAUGAAGCUGCUCAGGAAGGAGAGCAGGAACAUGAACUCCAGGGUGACCCAGCUCUACAUGCAGCUGCUUCACGAGAUCAUCAGGAAGAGAGACAACUCUCUGGAGCUGGCCCAGCUGGAGAACCGGGUUCUCAACGUCACCUCAGAGAUGCUGAGGCUAGCCUCGCGCUACAAGGAGCUAGAAGGGCGUUUUGCAGCGAUGGCGGGGGUGGUGAACAACCAAUCUGUGCUGAUUGCUGCGUUGGAGGAGCAGUGUCUGCGGACUCUGGGGCGCAGUGAGAUGCAGGUGGUCCCCCCGCUGGUCCAGGUGGUCCCAGAGAACAUCCCCGUCAACAGCCGCUUCACCAACGAGAUACAGAGGGAUCACAACAACCGGGCAUUCCCACGGGGGUCACGCAUGGACUCCCCCACCGCCUCUCCAUUUGGACUCAACCCGCCGCCACCGCAGGGCACGCUCACCUCAGACGGUCCGUUUAAGGACUGCUACCAGGUGCGCCAGGCGGGCCACAGCACCAGUGGGAUGUACCUGCUGAAGGCAGAGAGUAAUGAACAGCUGAUCCAGGCCUGGUGUGAACACAGCUUAGACAACGGAGGCUGGACCGUGUUACAGAGAAGGAAGGAUGGAUCGGUCAACUUCUUCAGGAACUGGGAGAACUACAAGAAAGGCUUUGGGAACAUAGACGGUGAAUACUGGCUGGGUCUGGAGAACAUCUUUAACCUGGCAAAGCAGGGGGACUACAGGCUGCUGGUAGAGCUGGAAGACUGGGUGGGGAAGAAGGUGUAUGCUGAGUACAGCAGCUUCCGCCUGGAGCCUGAGAGUGAGGGCUACCGCCUGAGACUGGGCACCUACCAGGGAAACGCUGGAGACUCCCUCAGCAGCCACAAUGGGAAAAUGUUCACCACACUGGACAGGGACAAGGAUGCUUUCUCAGGUAACUGUGCCCACUUCCAUAAGGGAGGUUGGUGGUACAACGCCUGUGGUCAGACCAACCUGAAUGGAGUGUGGUACAGCGGAGGGGUUUACCGCAGUAAGUUCCAGGAUGGAAUCUUCUGGGCUGAGUACGGAGGCGGAUCGUACUCCCUCAAGUCUGUCCGUAUAAUGAUACGACCUAUCGACUGAGCCUGGAACAGUCUCCACCCCACUAUCUAUGCCAUGAACUUUGACCCAUCCUAAUCCCAACCCUCCCACCCCGUGACGUCUCAACUUCUCCACCAAGCUACCCAUAAUCUUCCCAUUCUUUUCCUUUCUUACAUUUUUAAGUGGAGCAGAGAAGCUGUUUAACUGUCGAGACCCAAAUCCCAAAUCAAACUGCUUCAUGGAAACCCUGGUUCUUCUUCAGCAUCUCUGAAGGAAAGAUGACACAGCGUUCUGCUAUUGUUUCAGCUGUGCUUCUAUUGAGUCCUCUCUAACAUGUACGGACAGCUAUAUGAAAGUGCUGUGAAAGACAGCAGUGGACAGACAAAGUAUGAACUCUAACACAGAGCUAGCUGCCACAGCCUUCUACAACAGUCACUAUGUUAUACUCUGUAUGGUCUUCCACAAUGUCAAACUUCAAUACGCUAUGAAGGUGGUUACAUUAGGAAUUUCAGAUGCUUAUUUCACACAUGUUGACUGGAAAAUAAAUGGUUAAUUUUGCCGUUUUAUUUUGCUCGUCUCUAGCUGAGUCUGUUGCUAGUGAAUGCCUUUCUUCACAGCGUACUAAAGAUUGAAUAAGUUCCUUAUGAUGUCAUCAGUUAAAAACGUUCCACAGUCAAAGGGUUGAGAGGCCCCCCCCAGGCUGACAAGACUUGGUACAGUCUUCAUGUACAUUUAACUCACCCCCUCUCUCUCUUGCUUUGUUUGGGCUUGUUGUUUCGGGGUUCCCACAGAGAGGAAAUGGAUUGUAACAAUGUGCUUUGUGAUGUGAGAACAGCCCAGCUCGCUUUGGUAUGUAAAUAUAUUUGGUUUUAUUUGCGAGA